AAUUUUACUGCGCAUUUAUAUUCGCGUAUCUCGUAAUCCGAACUAACAAAAGAAAUGAACUGAGUGAAAAUUUCGAACUUGGAGGCUACCUGACCUUUCCGAAAAUAACACAAGAUUUGAACGCACGUUUCAACUUUCGUUUUUCACAAUCACCGACCGGCCCAUCACGUAAUAUCUUUUCAAAACGGACUUUCGGUAUAAGACGUUUUAAGGCAGGUGGUAAGGAUUUUAGAUGGAGCUAUAAUUAUAUCUAAAAAGCUGGGACGCACCAAACAAUGAAAAAUCCAAUGCAGCGGAAGUUCUUGGAAUCUUCUGUUUUCAGUUAUGCAUGAAGACGUGUUUUGAAAAUCCUUUUACGGUAUUGUCGAUGUUUAUGUGCGUGUGGUUUUUUGUGCUUUUGAGAGCAAGAAUGUGUUUAUUCUUACGAUUGAAGGUUCAUUAGAGGCGUGAUGAAUCGAAUUUGGGCAAAUAACUUUGUGAUGAAUAUCUGGAAAUAUUGCCAUAGGCCACAAUAGAAGUUGAUUUUGGAAGAAAUCAACGAAUAUUGAGGCUCUGUGUUAUUGGUAUGGGAGAAAAUGCUGUCUUUUAACUUGUGUGGAUUUUAAUUCACUUGUAAUCUUACACUAGGAUUUAUUUAAAGAUAAAAAGUGCUGGAAAAAGUGUUUGCGAUGACAUGAAAAUGCUUAUUAUCAAGUGCGAUAUUCUUUAAAGAUUAGAUGAUACCAUGACGUCAUCGACGAGUAAGGAUGUCAAAAUGGCGAUUAAUGGGCCUAUCUUCUUUCUCAUUCAAGAACAAGCUAAGUCCGUUGUUGCCAUACAGGCCCUACAAACUCGAAUGGCUGUGCUUGAAAGUCUCCAAGAACGUUUAAUGCUGGCCAUCGAAGAUGUGAAUCAUCAUUUAGCAUCCCCCAGUGGAGCUGAAAGCCAAACCAGGUCGAAGACUGCUGGUCAGUCUCGUCUACAGAAGUCUGUAUCUGAUAGUACUGGAAGCGAAAAGAAACUUAGGUUUGCAGGCAAUGCAGACAGUACUCAUUCCAAGUCUGAGAACUAUGGCUUAAAGACAGAACUUUCAAAAAGUGACAGUUUAAAUAAGGACAGUGGUAUAGGCGCCAGCGAUAGUAGUUUAUCUACAACAGACCACGCCGCCAUUAGGAACGAAGAGGAAGACGAACUGUUGCAAUUGCUUGAUUUGAUUGACCAGAAGAGUUUAGUCCUUCUGAAGGAAGUUGAAAACGCCAGUUCUCUUGACCAUAACAAACCUACGAGUCAAAUGGGUGACGGUUCGAGUGCAAGAUUACUCGACAAUCUUUUGUUUGAAAAGGUGGACACCCAAAGGCAACUAUCCCAAGUGAAAGCUGAAAGAGAUGACCUUAGUCGACGGUUAGCUAAGCUGGAACUUGCAACCGAAGCAGUGACCAAACAAAAAAUCAAAGUCCAACAGCAGCUUAACGUAACUCUUCUUGAAAAUCAAUCACUGCAGCAAAGGAUACAAUCUAGUGAUGUUAAAUCAAAAGCUGAGUCCCUAGGGUACUUGGCGGAUAUUGAGCGAUCAAAUAUCCGUAGAAAAUACUUACAAUAUAGUGAAAAAAGCCGUAAAAAAGUAUCCAGUAUCUUGAAAGAAGGUAAUGUGUUAGAGUUACAGAAACAACUUUUGACUUAUGUUAUGGAAAAUGAUGUUCUAAGAGCGAAACUUCAACAGGAUGACUCUUCCAAAUCUGCAACAUGGUUGAAAAUUGAGUCUCAGCUAAGAAAAGAUUUAAAAGAAGCAAAUGAGGAAAAUCAGAGGCUACAAGAGUUGAUGCAGUCAAAAGAUUUAGAGAUUGCUUCACUGAAAGACAAAAUUAGGUGCUUAGAAGAAGGAUCUGAAGCUGAUUCCUGCGUCAGGAACUUUGGCAUGGCUAGUACGGAAGACUGGAGAGAACCUGGCAUUCAAAAUGCUUACAAUAAACGUUCAAAUCUCAAUGCCAUUUCGCCAUUUUCUCCUUUGGGCUAUGGUGAUUUUUCAAAGACUCAAAGUCUUCCUGCCAUGCAGUUAGAUGCGAGGGCAAAAUUAAAAGAGCAGGAGGCUUCUCGCAAUAAUUAUUGUCAUGCUUAUGAUACCAGCAGCUUCACAGAAGUCCCUCUCGACCAUAGCUUUCAAUCCAGCCAUCCAAAUGACCCACCCAGUCACACUAGCGUUAAGAAAUCAGACUUGGUUGAUCUCACAAACCCUGCUGAACCAAAUUUUUCUUCAACUUCCACUUUGGUGCAAUCCCCAUACAUGUACCAGCCAUCACUGCAAUCAGGACUUUCAGCGCCAAACCUGAGUGGCCUCUGUAAACAUGAGACCUUCCAGAAUUGGGGAUUCUCCACCCGUAAAUCUUCAGCUCCAGAGGCCACUAAGAAUAACGGUGGUAGUAGGUUGGUGAACGGCCAUCUUUGCUGGAAAGGUGCAAACAGACUGUCAACAUCACAAGACAUUUCCAGUAUUUGUACUGAAUUCGAUCCACUAACUGAGGACACGCCUUCUUGUGAAAAUUUUGUAGACUCUUUAAAUCUUUCCAUACCAUUAAAGCCAACUCCGGCAGCUAUACCGCAGUUAUCUUCCAUUGGAGAUAGUUUACAUAGCGCGAGCCUUGAGAUGGGCUGUUCGUCCAGUCCUGUUAUGUACCAGGACACACCACGUAAAAUUCUAAAUGCAAGAUCAGUUGAUGGUAUUAGAGACCUUUUAGUUGACAAUGUUUAUUGUAAAAGGCCACAUUCUUCGCAAUAUGGUCGCACUAGUGUGGCACCUGCCUUAUUCUCCAAACAAGCAAGACGAUUGCCUGUUAAUAUAAUGAACUGUAUGCAUGAGACAUCAGAUUAUUCUUUAAUGUGAAAGUUGAAUGUGGACCAAAAUUUAGAUUUUAUUAAAAUAUUUUAUAUAGUU